AUGAGCCAGCCUAGUAGUGGUUCCUCGCCUGCCGGAACAAAAAUUGUUUCUCAACAAGUGGCUCCAUCGGUCGCCGGAGUUUCUUCUUUGCCUGCCAGUUCCCAUGUCGCCGGAACAUCGUUGACUCCCUCCGCCGCUGGAGUGCCUCCACAAAACGUAAGUACCAUUGACGUCACAACAAAUCAACCAAUUGUAAUUGCUCCUUCUGUCGCCGGAGUGCCUACAAGUUCCACCGCCGCCGGAACAACUUAUGCCAUAGCUACCACAGUUGCCAAUGUUCAACAUAACCAACAAAAUUUUGCUGAAAAUAAUUUAAGCUCUUCUGCACAGCUUAAUUUGGAAGGCCUUCAAAGUCAGAUCAACAUUCUUCAGGCCCAGUUGUUAAAUGCCCAACGAGCGUUGUCGAUUGCCACAAACGCUAAUUCGACGCCGAGUUCUUCAGCCGCCAUGCCACAGCCAUCCAAUAUGGCGCCGCCAGUAACGGGUACCAGCGAAGUCAACGUUGACAAUUCUGCCUCAGCCAACGUUGACUGCACUGAACGUCGUACGCCAUUUUCUUCGGUAAGCUGCAAUGAAAAUAAUUUUUCGAAUUUGUGUGGAAGUCAACCGUUGCCGCCAAAUUUCCGAUUGUCUCAAAAUGGUGGUUCGUUAUUGAUGCAUCGAAAAAUUUAUGAUUUACCGGAUUUUAGUGGCUCGCCUGAAGAUUGGCCCAUGUUCUCAACGGCUUUUAAUCAAUCGACUGCUGUUUAUAAUUAUAAUAAUUUUGAAAAUUGUUUAAGGCUCCAAAAAGCUUUGAAGGGUGAUGUCCGUGAAUGUGUGAAGUCGUUGCUGAUCCAUGCAGAUAACGUGAGUAUGGUUAUGGAACAAUUGUGUUUUCAAUAUGGUCGCCCAGAGAUGCUUAUUCGUUGCCAGCUACAACAAGUGAAAGAAAUUUCGCCCAUUAGUGAAAGUGCUGUGGAUAAGCUUGUGCCCUUUGCUGUUAAAGUGCGGAAUCUUGCCGCCUUUUUGGAAACUGCUAAUGGACAACAGCACUUAGCUAAUACAACAUUAAUGGAAGAAUUGGUCGGAAAGCUUCCAAUUAGUAAACGAAUGGAGUUGGCCCGCUGUGCCUCAACAAUAAAACCAUACCCAACUAUUUUGGAUUUUAGCAAAUGGCUCAAAGAUGUUGCUGAUUUGGUAAGAAUGGUGCAAACUACAAGUGGAAAUCGUCAAAAUAAUGAACCCAAAAGAAAAGUUGUCCUUCAUGCUGCUGAUGGUCAACGUAAACAACAAGAAUGCCCUAUGUGCCAGGCAAAUCAUAAAAUAUUUGAUUGUAGAAAAUUUGGUUCAUUAAGUGUGCCUAAUCGUUGGAGUGAAGUGAAAAAAAUGAGGUUAUGUUUUUCGUGUCUGGGUAGUGGACAUUCGAGUAGAUUUUGCCGUUAUCGAAAGACGUGUCCCGUGGAUGGUUGUCUAAGAAAACAUAACAAAUUAUUACAUGAUGUCAAAAUUAAUGAUGGUGGAAAUAAUACGCUUUCGUCUGAGUCGCCUGCUCCAAGUGGUUCCACAAAUGAAAAUGAGUCUGUUCUUAGCUGUGUGUCUAAAGCUGCAGAUAAAGGUGUGUUGUUGUUCCGAGUGGUGCCAAUUGUGCUUUAUGGUCCCAGUAAUAAAAUUGAAACCUAUGCGUUGUUGGAUGAAGGUUCAUCGGUUACUAUGGUGGACAGCUCCUUGGUGAAGAAACUUGGUCUUCAGGGGCAUCAAAGUCAAUUGAAUUUGAAUUGGUAUGCUGGUAAGGCAUCACAAGAAACGGCAACAGUGGUUGAUAUGCACGUAAGUGGAAUUGGUAAGCAGAGAAAAUAUGCCUUGCGAAACGUUUAUGGAGUUUCAAAUUUAAAAUUGCCGGCCCAAAGCUUCAAUAUGGAUUUAAGUCGCCAUCCUGGUUUGCCCAUUAAAUUAUAUAAUGAUGUUGUUCCCAAAGUUCUGAUUGGAUUAGAUCAUUCUCAUCUGGGACUUCCUGAUGAAAUUGUGUCUCUGGAUGAAAAUGGUCCAUAUGCUGCUAACACCCCAUUAGGAUGGGUCGUAUUUGGGAAAAUGAUGGGUAAGCAAUCUAGCGAAAAUUUGUGUCUUUUGUUAGUUCAGCCAGAGCAAAGACUCUAUGACUUAGUGGCAAAUUAUUUUGAAACGGAGAAUUUUGGUGUGAAGUUAUUGCCGGUCAUAGAAUCAAAGGAUGACUUACGGGCUCGGAAAAUUAUGAACGAAACUACAGUUAAGAUUGAUGGUAGAUUCCAAACUCGGCUCUUGUGGCGUGAAGAUGAUGUUGUGUUGCCUGAUAGCUACACCAUGGCUCUAAAUAGACUUGUUGGUAUUGAGCGAAAGAUGAAUAGAAGUCCUGAAUUUGGUGCUGCCUACAAAUCCAUCAUGAGGGAUUAUUUGUCCAAGAGGUAUGUACGUAAAUUGUCGCCUAUUGAAGCUGCUGAUUUGUGCCCCAGGACUUGGUAUCUUCCGCAUUUUGGAGUGAUUAAUCCUAAUAAGCCAGGAAAAAUUCGUUUAGUGUUUGAUGCUGCCGCAACUGUUGAAGGUGUUUCCCUGAAUUCUAAACUGCUAAAAGGCCCGCAGCAAUAUAAGCCUCUGCCAUCCGUUUUAUUUAAUUUUCGAGUUGGUGCUGUAGCAGUGUGUGGGGACAUCAAAGAAAUGUUUCACCAAGUUAUUGUAGCUCCUGAAGAUAGAUGCUCUCAAAGAUUUCUUUGGCGUGAAGACACUAGAGAACCACCUGAUUCUUAUGAAAUGCUAGUCAUGACUUUUGGUGCUGCUUGCUCGCCUUGUGUAGCCCAUUAUGUCAAAGAAACAAAUGCCCUAAGCUAUCGUGAUAAAUAUCCUCGUGCAGUGAAGUCGAUUGUUGAUCAUCAUUAUGUAGAUGAUUUUGUGGAUAGUUUUCCGACGCAAGCAAGGGCCAUUGAGAUUGCCAAACAAGUGCGCGACAUUCAUAAAUCAGCUGGGUUUGAACUACGUAAUUUUUCAUCGAACUCUUCUAAAGUAAUUGUGGCUCUUAAAGGUACAGUGGAAAGUCCGGUGAAUUUUUCCAGCGAUGUCAACCAGCUACAAUCAGAGAAGAUACUUGGUAUGUAUUGGCAACCUAAAGAUGAUACUUUCAGGUUCAAUUUGAAGUUCCACAACGUGAAUGCUGAUGUUAUAGAAGGUAUGAGGUGUCCAACAAAACGCGAGCUUUUAAGUGUGGUUAUGUCCGUUUUUGAUCCACUUGGUUUCCUGAGCUACUACAUGAUAACGGCAAAGUUACUGAUGCGUGAAGUUUGGAGACACAAUAUACGAUGGGAUGAUGCAUUGCCCGGAGAAUUAAACGAGAUGUGGAAUAAUUGGCGCCAAGAGCUACAAAAUGUCAUCCAUGUUAAAGUGCCUCGAUUUUAUUUUAGAAAUGGUGUUCCUUCUCGCCUGGAACUACAUGUUUUUGUCGACGCUAGUGAAGAUGCAUUUGGUGCCGUGUCAUACUUUAUUAUCAUACUAUAA